CUGUAAGUUGUUUUGAUUUGUAUUUUUCUACCUAAAACAUUCAUGUUUAGCAUUAUUAAGAAAGUUCUGAAUCAAAACUAUUUUAAUAGUUUAAGAAAAUUAUCGACUAAGAUGGACGCAAGCAAAUUGGUGUGGAUGGAUAUGGAAAUGACUGGACUGGAGGUUGAAAAAUGUCGUGUCCUUCAAGUUGCAAUGAUCGUAACUGACGAGAAGUUGAAUGUGAUUUCUGACGAUUUUUGUGAAGUUAUUCAUCAAAAUGAGGAAACAUUAGACAGUAUGAAUGAUUGGUGUAAAGAAAAUUUAAAAGAUUUAGCUGAAAAUUCUCGAGAAUCAACAGUGACUGAAAAUAAGGCAGAAGAACUGAUGAUUGAUUUUCUAUCAAAAUAUGUAAAUCCAAAAUCGACUCCAUUAGCAGGCAAUACAAUUUAUAUGGAUCGAAUAUUUCUAAGACGAUAUUUUCCUCGAGUUGAUGAUUAUUUACAUUAUAGAAUUGUUGAUGUAUCAACAAUUAAGGAACUGUGCAGACGUUGGAAUUAUUCUGUUUAUAAAAAUGCGCCAAAAAAGAAACUAAAACAUCGAGCACUAGAUGAUAUUAAGGAAAGCAUAGAAGAGCUUAAAUACUACAAGGAUAAUCUAUUUAUAACUGUAGACAAAUAAAGUCAAAAUGAGAUAAGUUCAGUUGAAAGCAAUUAUUUGCUAACCUGAAGUAAUAAAUUUUAUAUUCAGUUGUAAAGAAAAAUCAAGAGAAAUAAAAAAACAGAAA